AUGCGGGGCUGGCAGGCUGGGGUCUGCUCACUGCUGGGAGCGGCUCUGGACGUGUCGGUCACUACAGUCCUGUAUAUCCACGGCACCGAGUACCAGCGUUUCUCCGCCGACCUGCGCCGCUUCUCCGUGUCCCGCAGCUUCCUGGACCUGUGGGCGGCCUGUGUGCUGCGGCUCUGUCUGCUGAGCGGUGCCGGCCUGGGCGUGUGCCUGAACCCAGCCCAGGGCCCCGGGCGGCUGGGGCGCUGGGCCGGCUGGCUGCGGCUGCUGUUCGGGCUCGUGCCGCUCUACGCCACCGUCAAACUGCUGCUGUACUCGGACACCAGCGCCUUCCCCCACGACCCCUGGUUCUGGAGCCUGUUAGCCUGGACUUACCUCUCCUCUCUGGCCACCUUCAUUGCUUUGAAGUUGUCGUGUGUGAAGCCGGCAAGCGCUGUCGUGCGUUCAGAGAGCAGCGGGAGGAGCGAUGAAGAGCGGAGUCUGUUGGACAGUGAGGAGCAAGGAAACACCGGCAUUAAAGUCUCUGCAGUAUACGUGGUGUGGAGGGUUCUCGCUUUCUGCAAACAGGAUGCGUGUUUGCUGGCUGCCGCCUUUGUCUUCCUGCUGAUUGGCGUUUUGUGCGAAAUCUUCAUCCCCUUUUUCCUGGGACGAGUAUUGGAAGCAAUCGUUGCUCAGAAGAGCAUGGCCAUCUUCACCAGGGAGCUGUUUGGGAUGGCGUUGCUCAGCCUGAUAAGUGGGCUCACAGGAGGCUUUCGGGAAGGAGCUUUCAACGUGGCGUUUGCCAGACUGAACGUGCGGAUUCGCAGGCUGCUGCUUACUUCCCUGCUGCAGCAGGAGAUUGCCUUCUUCGAUUGCAACCACACAGGUGACAUGACAUCUCGGCUGACCUCCGACACAACAGUAGUGAGCGAUGUCAUCUCUCAGAACGCUAACAUCUUCCUGCGGAGUCUGGUGAAGACUCUGGGCAUCUGCGCUCUCAUGAUCACUCUCUCCUGGAAGCUCACUGUGGUCACAGUGAUUGGGUUUCCGGUAAUAAUUCAGGUGUCAGACAUCUACAGCCAGCAUUACAAGGCACUAGCCAAAGAGGUGCAGGACGCUCUGGCAAAGGCAAACCACAUCGCCGAGGAGGCCAUCUCCUGCAUCAAGACCGUAAGAAGUUUCGCUGCCGAAGGGGCAGAGGAACGCGUUUACAACGAGCAGCUCAGCCGCAUGUAUGCCUUGAACAAGAGGGAAGCUUUGGCCUCCGCCUACUUCACAUGGGCCACCAAGUUCCUGCAGCUGGCUCUCCAAUGCAGCAUCAUUUACUACGGUGGGUUCCUGGUGCUGUCUAACUCCCUGACCAGUGCCAGCCUCAUCUCCUUCAUCAUUUAUGAGCUGGCUCUCGGUGACUGCCUUCAGGCGAUGGGGAUGGUGUUUACCAGCCUGGUUCAGGCCGUGGGUGUGAUGGAGAAGAUCCUAGAGAUCAUCGACCGCAAGUCAGCCAUGUCGCGAGACGGAACCUUGGCUCCGGAAACGUUGAAGGGUGAAGUGACUUUCCGGAAUGUUACCUUCUCCUAUCCGAGCCGGCCCGAGGUCCCUGUUUUGAAUGACGUGUGCUUCACGCUGAGCCCCGGGGAGGUGACGGCUCUGGUCGGCCCCUCGGGCAGUGGCAAGAGCUCGUGUGUGCAUCUGAUGGAACGUUUCUACAGCCCGCACGCCGGGGAGGUGCUGCUGGACGGCCUCCCCCUUCCCCAAUACCAGUCCCAGUACCUGCACUCCCAGGUUGCUCUGGUGGGACAGGAGCCCGUCUUGUUCGCACGUUCGAUAGAAGAGAAUAUCACGUACGGUAUGGAGCAGGCCAGCUCCGCGGAUUCAGUGACAGAGGCCGCGAGGAAAGCCAAUGCACACGACUUUAUCAUGGAAAUGAAAGACGGCUACAGCACAGACGGGAGAGAAGGGGCGCAGCUGUCGGGGGGACAAAAGCAGAGAGUGGCCAUCGCUCGGGCCCUGGUCCGUAGCCCCCGGGUCCUGCUGCUGGAUGAAGCCACCAGCGCGCUGGACGCCGAGAGUGACCACAAGGUCCAGGAAGCACUGUACAGUAUUAAGGAGAACUGCACUGUCCUGAUCAUAGCUCAUCGGCUCAGCACUGUGGAGAAGGCGGAUAAGAUAAUCGUCAUUGACAAAGGCAGUGUGGUGGAGCAGGGGAGUCACAAGGAGUUAAUGAGGAAAGGGGGCCUGUAUUUCACAUUGGUGCAGUGGCAGACACUUGGUUUGGAGAAUAGCCCUGAAGAUAAAUUGGUGGUGGUGAACCACUGACAUGGAAACAAUACCAGGGAAACUGAGGAGAAAGACAACAUGAUGAAGAGUUGAGAAUGGAGUCCCAAGUGAUAAACCCAGAGCGAUUCUCACUCUGUGCUCCCGGAAAUGGGUUUGUUUGGACAUAAAGAAUGGUGAAUGGAAAUGCUAGGGAGAGGGGGUUAGAGGUGCAGCUGGAAUAAAAGGAUUUUGGCAGUCAACUAGAUAAAUUGUUAAUAUCCAGUUUGCUGGUGCAGAAAUCAAUUUAUAUUGAAAAAAGGCUAGGGGACGCAGGGUGUGUCUGAAAUGUAAAAGUAGGGAUGUGCGCUGGUCAGAGGCUUUUGGUAUAUUGUGUUCAGUUUUGGACACUUAACCUUAGGAAGGAUGUAUUAAUGUGAAGGAAAUCGGUGAUCUAAUAAAAUGGGUGAAUGACCUCCUCCUGUUCCUAUGACAGAGACUUUACACUUUUAAUAGUGCUGACAAC